UCAACAUGAGCUUCUAUCUCGAACCCGACAUCGUGUCUACAGAAACUAUAUUAGCAUCUCUCCGUAGAAAGGAAUUUCAACUCCCUCCAAUACUUUUCCUACAUAACUCGAGCAUUACCAACGCACUUUUCCCCAACCAACCGUCCCCAAUCUUCAACUGUACAUUCCCCCAACCUUCACUUUUACUCAUUCACUACCAUAUACAUUGACCACCCUUCACUUAAUUGGCUUUUAUCCAAGAAGCACAACCAAGAAUAGUUGCUUCCGUUUUACUCUGCACAUACCUUGAUCAUCCGUUCAAUUUUUAAAUUCACCAUACCAUUCAACCAUUUUCACCUUGUACUUCAUACACGCACAACAUCUCUUCCUCUUCUAUCAACAAAUCUCUACACUUCAGAAGUCACCUUAGCAUCUGAACAUAAAGCUUUUAUUAAUUGCCGACAACUGAGAGAUAUUGCUAAUAUCUCGCACGUGAACGGACCAAGAUGGCUCCCACAGAGCAAAACCAGAAUGGAGGCAAAGACCUUUACUCGUUCCUCAAUCGUUACCACCAGUAUGAGGAAGACAAGGAACGAACUCACACAUUGAUCAAAGAUCUACUGGUGUACGCUGAAAGAACAGAAACUCGUCUUCUUAACGAGAAUAGCAAUAUACGAAAACAAUUAGCCGACACACGCCUCGACUUAGAAGGCGUUACAAAAGCCCACAAAGAAACCCAAAGACGCCUAGCCGACAUGGAAGUCAGGUUGGGUUAUGUUCCGGACCGAAACCCUUAUAUAAUGGUCCUAAUCGACGGUGAUGGGUUGCUUUUCAAGGACCAGCUCGUGAGACAGGGCCUUGAGGGUGGCCGCAAAGCCGCCAGGGACUUGAACACGGCUAUAAUCCAAAAAUUCAACUACACUGGAGAUACGCCUGUUACGGUCGUUGCUAAAGUCGUGGCUAACGUCCCAGGACUGGCCCGGGCGAUGAAACGGAACAAUUGUAUCCCCAAUGAAGCAACCCUAUACGAGUUUAUUGCGGGAUUCAGUCAAAUUAAACCCGACUUCGAAUUUGCUGAUGUUGGUUAUGGCAAGGAACGUGCGGACGCAAAGAUUAUCGAUUCCGCCAGGUUCCAUCUGAGGAAUUACAAUUGCAAGCAAAUUGUAAUGGGCAUAUCCCAUAAUGCGGGAUAUGGCCCGUUCCUCGAUGGACUCAUCAACAAUGAUAACACAAAACAGCGCAUCACGAUUCUGGAAGGCACGCCGACAGUUCAAGCGAUUCUCAAUAUCGGAGUCAGUGUGAUGAACUUCCAUACUAUUUUCCGCACUGAAAAGUUGGAUCCCAAAUCGCCGGCCCCCCGACCUAUACUUCCCACCUCCAACGGCGCAUCAUACGCGGCUGUUGCGCAAACUAAGGGUGCCGCUCCGCCGCCCCAGAUCACCCUCCCCAUGCAUUCGAGAAGGAAUUCCACUAUACCUGCAAAGUCACCACCGCCUGAGUGGAACCCAGGCCCUCGAGGUAUCGAUCCACCGAUCGUAGUUAGCGCUGCUGUCCUCGAGCGAUUGAAGAAGAGAAAGGGCGAGGAGAAACUAUGCAACAACCAUUUUCUUCGUGGCCCAUGCACCAAAGGCGACGAAUGUGUCUUCGAGCAUGACUAUAAACCCACCAAGGAAGAAAAGAAGGUUAUUGCUCUCUUUGCUCGCUUAAACCCUUGCACCAGCGGACAAGACUGCGAGGUUGACAACUGCAUCUAUGGGCACCAUUGUCCUAGCAUUGUGAAUGGUGUCUGCACUCAUCCCAGGUGCAAGUUCGCUAUUGAGGAUCACCCUCCGGGUACGAAGUUCAAGUAUCCCAGAGACUCGGAGUGAUCGCCAAUCUCAAAGAUUUGCUUGUGCUGUGCUGCUCUGAUCUGUCCGCCGUUGAGAUGCUGGAUAUGAGAAGACGCACCCCAUCCUAGACACAGCAACACCUCUAUGCUUUAGACAU